ACGCGUGCGUGUGUGCGUGCGGGCUCUGCCAACGAUUGUUUCGCCAUACACUGCCGAGUAUUUGUUGUAUCAGCGAGCGAGCUGUAACCGAAGUCGCGUGUAAAACUUAACCAGGAAGUAGUCGUAUAAAAUUGUAACUUAUUCGAGUAGCGAAAGCAUGACAACGGUAGCAAGGCCGACUUUUGAGCCUGCUAGAGGAGGGCAAGGACGGGGCGAGAAGGACCUGAGUGCGAUCUCGAAACAAUACAGCAGCAGAGACUUGCCAUCGCAUACAAAGCUUAAAUACAGAGAACAUGGUCAGGGAACGAUCGAAGAGCUACGAAACCGUGACUUCAGAAAGGAAUUGGAGGAAAGAGAACGAGGGGAAAAGGAGAAAGGAUCAAGCCGUCGUGCCAUCGAACCUUCCAGAGAACCAACUGCAUCUAAUACGAAAAGACAGAAGCUAGAUCAAGUUCCUGCGGCCAGCUUAGAUGCGGACGAUCCACUCGAUGAUGACGAGUCGGAUUCUGACAGUGAUGAAGAUGACACCGCGGCGCUUUUAGCCGAGCUGCAGAGGAUUAAGAAGGAACGCGCGGCGGAACAAGCUAAGAAGGAAAUGGAGAAACGCCAGGAAGAAGAGAGGAUACGCAUGGAAAAUAUUCUCUCAGGCAACCCUUUGCUAAACUAUUCCUCCCAAAGCGGCAGAGUAGAUAUGAAAGUACGAAGACGAUGGGACGACGAUGUAGUUUUCAAGAAUUGUGCGCGUUCCGAGCCAAAAAAGAAGCACGAUGUCUUCAUCAACGAUUCGCUGCGAAGUGAAUUCCACCGCAAAUUUAUGGAGAAAUACGUGAAAUAAUUUAUUAUCCGAGCACAACACGUCUGUAAAUACUUUUCUAACGAAUUUCGCUGGUAAAAGACAUAGUUCUCUCUCCUACACAUGUGUUAAUUAUCGUAAUAAUAGUAUGCAAAGAAAAACUGUGAUCGGGUUAAAUCGGAGUUUUAAGACUUAAAGAUUUCGCAGUCUUUAGAAUACCACAUUUUUAACACAUGCAAUCAUUUAGUAAUUGUUCGACUUUAAUAUUAUUAAGUACCGCAUUAAAUAUGUUAGAGUGUAUUUUCCAAGUAGAAAUAUCAUAUACGUUAAGCCUCUAGUUUUAUUAUCUAUUGUGUUAUCACUUCUAACUUGCAUAA